AACAUGGCGGCCCGCUGGUGCCGCACACCCUGCAAAGGUUGUUGUUAAUUUGAGAGGUUGUCACAGAAUUACUUUAAAUAUGCUCGGCCUGACGAUACGGGAGGUGUCUGCGGCGCUCAGGGAGGGAAGAAUCUCUCCGACGGAGCUUUGUAGGAAGUGUCUGAACCGCAUCAAGAGAACGCGGCAUCUUAACGCUUACAUCGCUGUCACGGAGGAGCUGGCCCUGAAGCAGGCUGGAGAAGCAGAAGCCAGACUGCUGCGAGGUGCCCCCAAAGGUCCUCUGGAUGGAAUCCCCUUUGCAGUCAAGGACAACUUCUGCACAGAAAAUAUCAAGACCACAUGUGCUUCCAGGAUGCUUAAAGACUACACCCCACCCUACACUGCUACAGUGGUGCAGAAGCUUUUGAACCAAGGGGCUAUCCUCAUGGGGAAGACCAACAUGGACGAGUUUGCUAUGGGUGCGGGCAGUACCGACGGGGCUUUUGGCCCAGUGAGAAACCCCUGGAGCUAUGCUGCUCCCUACAGAGAGAGGACAGGGGCGGCGCCCGACUCCGACUGGGUCGUCACUGGAGGAAGUUCAGGAGGAAGUGCUGCCGCUGUGGCCUCGCUCACCAGCUACCUGGCUCUGGGUUCAGACACAGGUGGUUCAACCCGUAACCCCGGAGCACUGUGUGGUGUUGUGGCCCUGAAGCCCACUUACGGUCUGCUGUCCAGACAUGGUCUCAUCCCCCUGGUCAACUCCAUGGACGUCCCUGGCAUUAUGACCCGCAGUGUCAGUGAUGCAGCCAUAGUGUUGGGUAUCCUCCAAGGCCAGGAUACGAGAGACUCAACAACAACUGCUGCUCCCUCAUCGCUGACGGAGCUACCCGAACACUUUGAUGUCAAGAACAUCUGUGUCGGCAUUCCUCAGGAGUACCACGCCCCGGGGCUGUCUGAGGAGACUCUAGCACAGUGGAGUCGUGUUGCUGACAUGUUUGAGAGGGCGGGGGCUCGGGUGAAGCGGGUAUCCCUCCCCCACACCCAGCACUCCAUCGUGUGCUACCACGUCCUGUGCCACGCGGAGGUGGCGUCUAACAUGGCCCGCUUUGACGGCCUCGAAUACGGCCAUCGUAGCGAGGAGGACAGCUCGACGGAGGCCAUGUACGCCUCGAGCCGCCACGAGGGCUUCAACGAUGUAGUGCGAGGGAGGAUACUGUCUGGGAACUACUUCCUGCUCAAACAGAACUCCGAACACUACUUUGUGAAGGCCCAGAGAGUGCGCCGGCUGAUCGCAGAGGAUUUCAAGCGCGCGUUCGGCUCGGGUGUCGACGUGCUGCUGACGCCCACCACCCUGGCUGACGCGGCCCGGUACUCUGACUUCACACAGGAAGACAACCGGACGCGCAGCGCGCAGGAAGACGUCUUCACCCAGCCUGUCAACAUGGCAGGUCUGCCCGCCGUUUCUGUGCCAACCGCUUUAUCAAGCCGGGGCCUUCCCAUUGGGUUACAGCUCAUAGGCCCCGCCCUGCAGGACAAGAAGUUGCUCGGCGUCGCCCAAUGGAUCGAGCAGAGGGUCGGGUUCCCCUCCAUUAGUGACUGUGGAGACCGAGGCAGCACCGGCCAAAAGAGAGCAGACUUCAGCUGCAUGAGCAGAGCUGUGGACACAAGGGAAGCCACUGUUGAAAGUCACACGUGAUGGAAAACAAGGGAUAGACUCACUGCUCAACAACAUGCAUCAUAAUUUAAGUGCAGGGACAUUGUGUUUAAUCUGUGACCUGCUGCCGUGUGUGUUGUCUGAAGCCGGUGCCAUUAAACACAUGCAAGACGG